AUGACCUCUGCACAUCCUUCCAGCAUGCUGCGUCUUCUUGUUUGCCAUAAAAAAUGUAUGGCAAACUUAACCAUCAUUUGCGGUCAUCGGAAACUUUGGGGGAAAACACACUUAUUUAGAGCAGAAUUCUCACACAAUGCCAAAAAGGAGCCAGAUGGCAUUCCUUUCAUAAUCAAAAUGUAUGCAUCAGAGAUUGAAAAGACAGCCUUGUGUUUACCAGGAAUUUAUCACGUCAGUGGCAACAAGGCAAAAACUGCAAUGCUGUGUCAAGCUCUGGAAAACGGAAGGCAUUUAGUAGAUCUGUCUGAAUUUACUUCACAUGACAUCUGUGAAGUGUUAAAAUCAUACCUUCAACAGCUACCAGAAUCAGUGGUUUUAUUCCGAUGGUACCAGAAAUUUAUGGAGCUUGCAAAUAUCAUCCAACAUAUUAACCAAGAACAGGACACCAAAAGGGACAACUCUGAAGACAACACAUAUAUAGAAAUCAAUCAAAUUCUUCUCAAAACCAAGGACCUUCUAAGACAAUUGCCAUCGUCCAAUUUUAACACUCUACAUUACCUUAUCGUCUAUCUUAAGCAGGUAGUAGACCAUUCUGAAGAAAACCUGAUGAACUCAAAAAACUUGGGGGUGAUAUUUGGACCCUGUCUCAUGAGGCCCAGGCCUACAACCACUCCUGGUACCAUCUCCUCCUCUCUUGCUGCAUAUGCCAAUCAGGCCUUGUUGGUAGAGUUUCUCAUUACCAACGCACAGAUGAUCUUCGAUGGGUCCCUAGAGCCACACAAUGUUUCGUGUAGUACAGAUAUUAUUGCACCUCGGGUGGAUAAAAGCUGUCCUUACAAACCUGUGAUGUCAACAGAACAUUCCACAAAGUCACAAUAUUUUUCUAUAAAGCAAGAUAUCCACACUGCAGAUAUUGAAAUUGAAAAAUUUGAAUCAGCUACAUCAUUUGAGGAAUCAGAAUGCAAGAAAAAUGCAUUGGAAAAAUGGGGUGCAUGUCUCAUUGAUAACAAAGAUAUUGAAUCAUCAUCCCAAAAGAUGGACAAUAUGUGUAAAAUCACGAAACCACUUAGUCUGAAAUCUGAUGUGGCAACAAAUGAUAUACAGAGGCCUAUGCCAAGCACCAAGAUCAGAUGUUUCUGUUUGCCUGUAGAUAGGUUCCAUCUUGCAAGCUCUCCUAAUGAGAGAAAUAGCAGAAAUGUGGAAAAUGUCAAUUCAGACAAGUUUUGCCAGAAUUUUACCUUUGAAGGACUUAAUAGAAAAGAUACCCCUACUACUGUUGGUUCCCAAUUUAAUGGCUUUGAUCAUCAGAUUCCACAAAAAACUCAGGGACAACAAUGUGAACCAAAGAACUUAACUGGAACAAGUGCAGUGAUUGUGCCAAGUGCACUCCAGGAAAAAGUGACAAUGAGCAUCAAGGUUAGUGGUGACCAUUCCAGCGGUGACACACAGCCCAUCACGCCAGCCAGAUCAGCAAGAGAGGCACCAGUGAGACUGUCCUCUCAUUCUCACUGUCUUUCUCCUGCAAGAGCACCCAGAAUACUGCAGCCCCAUCUCUCGACAACAUUUUACAAACUACUUACCCUGACCAGCAAAGUCAGGUGGGCUGAGGAGAGACCAGCUUCACUUUCAGCAGCUGUGCCUCCUAGCACAGCUCUUACUCCCCUGAGUCAUGUGGAGAAAUCUGUUCCAGAGGCAGACAGCACAUCACCUUGUCCUUUGCAGCCAGCUGCUGAGCCUAAAGAGAACUCUGAGGAGCUCGGCCUGCCAGACAUGAAUCCAAUGUGCCAGGGACUCAGGCUAAAACAAAUGCAAGAGUUACAAGACCUUGAAUUUGAAAUGCCACAGUUUGUGUAGGGUUGUCAAAAUUCAGUUUUUUUUUUCUUGUUUUGUUUUGUGGUAUUGUGUUUAUUUUAUGAAAGAAUGUUGUGACAGAACCCCUUUUGUAUAGGAUGGCCAAAGUGUGUAUUUUGCCUUUUGGCCUUGUAUCGUGUUUGCUAGUCCUAUAGAAUGGUAGUGUUUUAAUCAUAUAGAAUGAUAGUGCCUCACUGGUAUUGUCUUUAAAUUAUGUGUUUUUGAAGUUGUGCAUAAAAUAAGUAUUAUAAUUUUAAAUUUCGAAUUAUUUUCUCUAUAAAAUGAUUCAUGUAAAUGCAUCCUUAAUGUAUAAUAUUGUUCUCACAAAUAGGGGCAGUAGGGGAAAAUGAGCUUUAUUUUGGAGCAAACCUGGUGCUGGUUCAUAAAAUAUUUCUGAAUCCAAGUGCCUGAAAAAUCUUGAUUGGGUAUGAAUAUAUUUUUGCCCACAUAAUGUUCUAGUGCAUCUUUGACCACUUGUGUUG